UUUAUUUUAAGAAAUCAACAACAUAGUUGGGAAGGGAUUGCAGGAAGAGACACUGUGAUCGGUUUACUCUUCCCAGUAGAGGGUGUCAAACCGUAAACAAAGUUUCAAAAAUGGAACUGAUUUUGAGAAUUUGCUUAGUGGUCAUUUGUAUGUGGUCAGUGGGUGGUCAUCCGGCGAAAUUGUCUGAAUCUGCAACGAAUCGACUUAAAGAAAAAGACUAUGAAUUGAAAGAGAUAGUGUUUUCGCCGGACAUUUCCAGCAAUAUCUUUGGGUCACGUUUUGGACAAUUGCUGCCGGAAACUGAUUGGACUUACCAAGUCGUGGACAGUUCGGACAGGUGGAAUGAGCGUCAAAAGAGGGCAGUUCGGAAACCAUCUACAUCUAGGGAUGGUAAAGUCAAAGGGAAUGCCGCAGGGAAAGGGAAUUCUCGGCGAGGCGGGACAGUCGGAGGAAAGGGACCAGAAAGGCGAAGAGAGUCGGAGCUUAACGGACCAAACACAUUACCUGAACGCCAAAAAAAUGAGAACUUCAAACAAUCCCUACGACAUAUUCUCAUCCUCGGCAAUAAACAGUCUGAUAAAACUGGAACAAUAAAAACGAAAGGCAAACCCAGUGGAAAUCGACAAACACCAAAGCGGUCCAACAAAGGAAGUUUUUCCAUUGUUCCCGCCAAACCCAAACCUAAACCCAGACGGCGAUUUCCGCUGAGGCGAGGCUGGAGGUCAAGGUUAAGGUCACGAGAAAGAGCAAGGGCAAGGGCAAGAUCGGGAUCACAAAAACCUAAACCAAAGAGGGUUAUCAGAAAAACUGUCCGUAGAGGAUUCGUAGUUUUAGACUGAAAAUUACCUACACAGGAAUUUAAAUUGAACUUGAGUAUCUACUUAAUUUGCGAAAUGCUCUAUGCUGAUAGCCCAUGUCUGAUACGUGUCAAUUUUGGCAAAUUUAAUGUAUCUUGUUAAACGAAAAAUUAAAAGCCCAAACCUCCAGGCAAUUCACCUUUACGCUCCAAAAUAAAAAAAAUAUAAAAAGAAAAUCAUCCUAAAUUUAUUUUGGAAUGAAAUACAUUUUCACAUACAUGUACAUAGUUAUAUAAUAGAAAAGACAACAAGAGUAAAUUGAAUGUUUUAAUGUGCUUAAAAGUGACGUUGAAUCAAUCAAAUGAGACCACAGUUGACAUCAAACUCUUAAUUAAAUCAGUAAAGAGCUAGAUAGAACAGGCAGCAAUUGUUUGAUUUAUUUACAAAUGCGUCUAAAGGGCGCCUGUCAAAACAUAGUUUCUAAGUCUGUCCAUCAAAUAUGUUUAGGGACGUCAGAAUACAUGUUUAUCAUGUACGUCUCUGAUUUCAUAUAUAUCCAGGUCACGGUUUCGACACGUUAUGUUGCAUAUGGAAUUUUUAAAAAAAAAUUUUGCUUUAAUAAAAAUUAAUUUUAAAAUACACUGUCAGAGAGAUGUUGGAUUCUACUAAAUUUGAUAAAAACUAGUUUAAACUUUGGGAUAUAUUUUCAAAUUGACAUCUGUCACUGUAAAGAUUUACAAGGCACAUUGCUUAAACUUGUAGGCCCGCCACAUCCCAUAUCCUGAUCUAUUAGGGUAAGAUGUCUUGCCGACGGACACAACCACGACUGCGGAGAUCGGUCGGUUCUUCAGCUUCCCGAGAAACAUUAACCGACACGGGUAGGGGGCGUCACUCUUGAUAGACUAAAUACUGACCACAUAUUAAAAAUCACUGGGCAUGCAAUCUUAUUUCACACGAAUUACUCCAUUUGAUAAAAUGAAUAACAUUUGAUAACUUUAAUGACCUCUUUUAUAACUACACCUUUAAGAAUAAAAAUAAAUAAGUUUG